ACAGCGACACUAAGGACUCGACUAUCUCCGAAGAAAGCCGAAACAUGUGACCCCGCCCACAGUAGCCCCAGCGCUCCGUUCUCGACUAUCUCCGAAGUGAGCCGAAGUUUGUGGCCCCGCCUCCCGUGAACUCAAGCUCCCGAUUGUGCCCGAAGGAACCCGAACGGAGACCGCGCCUCAUCCCUCGCGCCGAGCUCCAGACCCCGCCUCCUUUCCGGAUCCCGUCUGUUUCCCUUCGGGUCCAAAGCUUUGGCUCCUCCUUGUUCCGAGCCCGAAGCCCCGCCCCGCUCCCUACUCGGAGCUCGGAGCCCAGUGUGGACCUGGACUCGAGUCCCGUUGCCGACUCGCGCUCCGGUCGCCUGCUCUGGGGCUCCUUCUCUGCCUGCCCGGGACUCUGACCGUGGCCUCAUCCCCGCCCCGAUCCGCGCGGCCCAGCGGGCGCCCAGAAGGAGCAGGCGGCGCGGGGGCGCGCUGGGCGGGGGAGGCGUGGCCGGAGCCGCAGCGGCCCGCGGGCUGGGACUGCUCGGCUGCCUCCUGCCCGGCGAGCAGCUCAGACCAUGUCGCCUGAAGAAUGGACGUAUCUAGUGGUUCUUCUUAUCUCCAUCCCCAUCGGCUUCCUCUUUAAGAAAGCCGGUCCUGGGCUGAAGAGAUGGGGGGCAGCUGCUGUGGGCCUGGGGCUCACCCUGUUCACCUGUGGCCCUCACACUUUGCAUUCUCUGAUCACCAUCCUUGGGACCUGGGCCCUCAUUCAGGCCCAGCCCUGCUCCUGCCAUGCCCUGGCUCUGGCCUGGACCUUCUCCUAUCUCCUGUUCUUCCGAGCCCUCAGCCUGCUGGGCCUGCCCACUCCCACGCCCUUCACCAAUGCCAUCCAGCUGCUACUGACGCUGAAGCUGGUGAGCCUGGCCAGUGAAGUCCAGGACCUGCACCUGGCCCAGAGGAAGGAAAUGGCCUCGGGUUUCAGCAAGGGGCCCACCCUGGGGCUGCUGCCUGACGUGCCCUCCUUGAUGGAGACGCUCAGCUACAGUUACUGCUACGUGGGAAUCAUGACAGGCCCGUUCUUCCGCUACCUAACCUACCUUGACUGGCUGGAGCAGCCCUUCCCUGGGGGCCGUGCCCAGCCUGCGACCCUGCUGCGCCGCGCCUGGCCGGCGCCGCUCUUCGGCCUGCUGUUCCUGCUCUCCUCCCACCUCUUCCCGCUGGAGGCCGUGCGCGAGGACGCCUUCUACGCCCGCCCGCUGCCCGCCCGCCUCUUCUACAUGAUCCACGUCUUCUUCGCCUUCCGCGUGCGCUUCUACGUGGCCUGGAUUGCUGCUGAGUGCGGCUGCAUUGCCGCCGGCUUCGGGACCUACCCCGUGGCCGCCAAAGCCCGGGCCGGGGGCGGCCCCACCCUCCAAUGCCCACCCCCUGGCAGUCCGGAGAAGGCGGCUUCCCUGGAGUAUGACUACGAGACCAUCCGCAACAUCAACUGCUAUGGCACAGAUUUCUGCGUGCGGGUGCGCGAUGGCAUGCGGUACUGGAACAUGACGGUGCAGUGGUGGCUGGCGCAGUAUAUCUACAAGAGCGCACCUGCCCAUUCCUAUGUCCUGUGA